AAAGAAGCAUUCAAGUGCAUAAUUGAGAAGCAACAUGAUUCGACUGCUUUCCCUGUACGUAGCUAUCCUGGAGUAAUCAAAACCAUGCUUCUUGCAUGGAAACAUGUUGUUUUCUUGUCCGUGAUAGCACUAAAAGCUUCAAGUAGUUUUGUAAGUGAGGGGCAUCUCAAGCUAUAUGGCUAUGUAAGUGUCCUUUACAACUCCUUCGCUUAAUUUGAAAACAUCUUUAAUCUGUUGUCUUACGACUUCAGAAUCUGUUGCUUGCUUUGCUUUUCAAACGCCGGGGAAACCGUCGCGUAACCAAACAUUCCUAUUUUUUUUUUUGUUGAAAGAAUUUUGCUUUCUUAGCAAGCUUCUGUGGGAACGCAAGCGGACCUGUUGUGCAGUACAAACUCUCCUAUCCGCAGGUAUUGAAGCAAGUGAUCUAUUUAAUUAUCGAUUAACUAACUGUCAUACAACCGUUUUGUCGCUAAAGAUUUUAAGUUGUUACAUGCACCCCCGGUCCAUCUGUCACUUGUUACUUUAGUUAGAGUCUGUAUCUAAAGCUAGAACAUAGUUUUAUAGGGAAUCCACAGCAGAUCUUUGAACCAUUCAAAACAGAGUUUGUAGCCAACCAAAGGUCCAUAACAGCCAUAUUAUUAUUUGUAUAUUGCGGUAUGAUUGACACACAAUAAUUGACAUUACGUACAGUUUCGGGACAACAUUCUGCACAAAUAGGGUAAAGAUCUAGUUUAAAUCAAUGGCAACUUUAAUUACUUCCUUCUCUUUCUUUCUUUGUUUUUUUUAAUUUUUAACAGCUGUUACCGAACUUUCAUUAAUCUGUCAGACAGUACCUUUUGGCGAAGAAUAGUUAAGAAUUGUCGGCCUAAUUUAUUCGUCUUCCACUGACAAAAAAGUAUCGCAUACUGUCUGUCGAAAAACUUAAUUAAGAGACGAGCCCGUAUAUAGCAAUAUGGGUUGCUACACUGUAGCUACGUACUGUCAUAGCAAAUUUAAUCAGCUGGAAAACAACUUUUCUCGGUCAUAAUCGCACAGGUAAACGUUUAUGGCCUUUUAUACCAUUCUAUGGAAUCGAAACUGCAUAUUUAUGCCCCAAAUUACGUAAGCCCCUCAAACUCGUAACACACACACAGACAACAAACUCCGAUAAAUCUCCCCUCCAGAUACAAGCCCCCGGGGCCUUGUACUCGGAAAUUGCCCUCAAAUUCAAAAUAAAACAAAGCAAAACUGUACAGUAACAGAUAAAUUUUUACAAUUGCCAAAUAACUAUUACGUGUGCCAAAUGAUUGCAGUCAAAAUGCAACUCAUGACCUAAUUACACAUUUGCAAUUUAUUCUGUUAGGAGUACUGUUGUUACAAGUUGCUCAGUUAUUUUCAAGACCAAUGGUGGAGAAUCUGGCCGCGACCUGAAGUGGUUUGUUUUACACUUUUCUAAAAUAUUCACUUGAUAAUUAUUAUUAAUAAGUGUAUUUGAUGGUCUAAAGGAUAUAAAUGUCCUAUUAUGUUAAACGACCGUACAUUAUGCAUCCUUGAAAUUUUAUUGAUGUUUCCUAGUGGAAAGAAGUAAUCUUAAUGAUCCACACGAUGUCGAUGAGUCUAACUGAAUUCUAGUCGCAUCGUUUUCGGGGCAUGUUUAUCACUAUGAAGUAUAGAGCAGAAUUGUUCCAUUAUGGGGAAUAAGUCCAUGUCAAUUCCUACCCGUAAAGAAAAUACCAAGACUUAAAUCAGUUGAAUGGAAUUAAUUCAAUUGUAUUAAAAAGAGAACCCCCCUCCCCCCCCCACCACUAAGAAAGGGUUUACAGUCAUAAACGAUUAAAAAAUGUCCACAAGUUGCUGAUCUUUUAACCAUUAGUCACCCAAAUUGAUUUGGGUGAAGCACUGGAAAUUUUAAGUGCAAGAAUUGGGUGAGGGGAUCGGGGAACGCAAACAAGGUAAUGACCAAUGCAAUACAUGACACAUUAGCGUUUAAUAGACAGCUGUCACUUUUACUGCAAGCCAACAACCUCACAUUGUUUACGUUAAUUAUGAUUCAAGGAGAAGGCUAUCUCUUCUCAUGUUAACUUGUUUCAUUACUACCCUAACGACAGGAACUUAUUGGCUUUAGUUGGCUUUAGUUAGAAGUAUUUCGACGUAUACCCUCCGCCAUGAUCAAGAGGGAACUAGAAAAUGUUUUUCGUGGAGUUAAGGGGGCAUUGGGCAGCUGGGGGAUGGAGAUGAUUGAGAGUCGAAGGCCGGUUCCCUUUCGUCCUCCAUAGGAAAAGCCCGUAUACAGGGACGACUGGGAAUGAAGAUCCUCUUGGCAAGAAUUCUGAAAACGUUACCUCCAAAAAACCUCUUUUUUCGAACAGUUUUGUUUCUGUUCAAAAUCCAAAUUUAAGAAGCUAUAAAAACUAACUAACUUCUCCUCCUUUCUUCAACCUUGCUCGUUCCUUUUCUCCUUUUCCUUUUUCCUUCGUUGGUGUUAUUCUCGAGCUUAUAGGACUCAAAAAACCUGCCGCUUUUGGCUCUUUUUGACUCAAGUGGUUGCAACAUGAUUUCCUUAGGUUUGUUUUCAAAGAAUCGGCCAGAAUAACAACAAUGUUAUAAAUUACUGAAAAGUUCAGUUUAUUUAUGUUAAGCUUUUUCUUGCCUCACAGAAGGAAGGAUUGGAUCGAUGUUGUGCGCUUUAUAUUUACUUACAGGAAUGUCAAGACAAAGUCAGAAUCCUGGAAGAUCACCACAGUCAGGUUCUUAAUUUGACCACAAACAGCUCGCAAGGCGACUGUCGCAUGGUGGUGUCUGAAAAUGGCUCAAAUAUUUUAUGCCAAGGUAAUGUAGGCCUACAGGUGUACUUUCUAUAGGAUGGUUGACUUGUAAGAAAGUUAUUAUAAAAGAAAAGACAACCAAAGGGAAAGGAAAAACAAACAAAACCAAAAAUAGUUAAAUGUAAUUGGGAUGCAAUGGAAAGCCGCCAUUAAAUCAGCUCGUUUUCUACAAAAGAAGCAUUAAUUAAUUAUUAUUCCACAGUAUCGACCACUCCCGCGUGGUCCUUUGUUGAAAACAACCCUGUAUAUUCUCGAAUCUUUAAAUUCCUCACGUUUUUUUUCGUACUUUUAAAUACAACGCGCCAAAUGCCUUCUGAUGCUAGCCUGAAUUCAGGUGGAAGAGUAAUCCUCGAUCGCGCAAUCUGACAAACAAAAACGCAAUUUAUUUCAAGUCAUUAAAAUUGCGUAUUUCGGUUAGUGAUUCAUUCAGAAAUAGGCUUAAUCAAUGUAGCUAUCACAUAGUUUAGAAAUGCUGUAAGACGGAUAACUUACUGGGUGCCCUAAUCCCUUUAUAAAAUCGCGCUUUUAUACCACCCAAUGUCAUUAAUUUGCAAGGUUACGCGGGUGUAACUGACAAUCAGGUUGAAGUAGAAAGGAUUGUUUUUGCAGCAAUUAUCCAGCAAUCGUAUUUGUUUUCGUAUCCGUUUUCUACUUAACAAAUCGACCACAAUUCUCCAUGGUCUAUAAUCUUAUAGACCAUAGAAAUGACGUCAUAAAAUGUUCAAAACUCACGUGGAACCACGAGAGGCAGGCGAGAGGUCUCACUGCAAAGUUGUGAACAUUUUAUGACGUCAUUUCUAUUGUCUAUGAGAGUGUAGGCCAUGGAAAAUUGUGGUCGAUUUGUUUUUUACAAUGACAUUUAUUUUUUUUACGAAAACCUAGACACAAAAAACAAAAAAACAAACAAACACGGACACUGCGUGACAUGUUACGUCAUUUCCAUGGUCUAUACUCUCACAGACCAUAGCUCUCGACCAGCCAACGCGCGAGGAUGCACUCAGUUAUUGUAAAACUCAGAGUGCAUUGCAAUCGUCCCAUGUACCUGUCGAUUCCAGGUACUGGUUUCAAGUUAGUGGAACUUGGAUUCUGGAUUCUAAUUGUUAGUACGAUUCCCAACUCUUUGAGUUGUAUUCCGUAUUCCAAAGCCCAGGAUUCCAGAAUCCGGAUUCCACAAACAAAAAUUUCCGAUUCCGGAAUGUGGAAUCCCUUACACAUCGCAUUUCAAGCUCUAUGAUACUUAUGGCACGAGUGUUCAUAACCGCUAUCAAUUGUUCGAUUUAUUAUUGUUCGAUUCACAGGAACUCAAAUGUAUCAAGUUCAGACCAGUGACUACCUGACAAAAAAAUGUUGGUUUUUAGCCCUUAGCAACUGCAAUUCUACUGGGAAUUCUCUUUUUGAGGUACAUUAUUUCUGAUUACCCCGUCAAUGUUUAACGCAUUUUACGGUUACAUCAGAUAAUGAAAUUGUUCUAAACAGUUUACUCAUGUAAAACGUUUUUUUCAGGGUAUUCAAAUGGAUUAUUUUCUCAACAUAACUGGUGAGACUUAAUCUGGUGUUUCUUUGUUGUUCUUCUUUUAUUGCCUGAGUUUUAGCAGUCAAACCCUAUAUGGGACGUUUUUCUCUCUUUGUGCUGUCCGCUAGCACCUAUGCAAACGUUUUGGAACUAAAGAGACUGUUAAAUGAACAUAGGAGAAAAGUUCAACUUGCUCACCAAAAGAGUCACUAAUAGUCACACUAGGUAGCUUUAGCAACGACUACGGUGAUGGCAACGAAAACGGCAAAAAGUAAUAAUUUUAGGCAAGGUCAUACUAUGCUGGAUAGCUUUUGCGCCAGCUCCAAAACCAUACUGUAGAACUUCUGCUCACACAUAAGAAAGGUAGUUUCGGCGCUAAUUUCUGUAACGGAGCGAAAGCUGAGCCGCGCCGAACUCUAUAAAGUAGAGAGCCACAUAUCGGAUAGGUUAGGCUACGUAGCAGGCGCUUGGAAGUAUUUGGGCGAAAGAAAAAACUGGCACGCGAAAUUCUUGCGCCCACUACUUCCAAGCGCCUGCUCCUAACCUCUACUCUCGCGUGACUCCCUCGCGCGCCCCAUUCUUGCGCCCACUACUUCUACGGAUAGGUGUUCACACCAUACCUAUUUUCUGUCAAAUGAUAAGCACCCCAGGUGUGACUGUAUGUUCACAAUUACUUCUCUAAUGUGUUUCUUUUCUUUUCUUUUAUAGAAGCAUCACCGAAUGAAGCGCCAAUAGGACAUGAGAGAAACCUAUUAAGUGUGGCAUUGGCUUUUAUGGUUAUUGUCUUCGUCCGCUAGUCGCCAGUGGGAAAGAGUCGACUAUA